CAGAUAAAACUCAAAAGAAUGGAUGUUUCUGUAAGGCCCCCAGCAUAUUAAAAGAUGUUCCAAAAUUUCCUUUCGAAAGUUCGAUAUUUGUCGAACUUCACCUUCGACGAGAACGAGACUGCGUAUACGACUGGUGUGUGGAAGGUUUACGAUGGGGUUCGAAAAGCAGACAAUUCUAAGUGCUCCAUCUUCAUCGCCCUCGAUGAGCACAAGACUCUCGCGCAGAAUGCUGUGCAGGCGCUCAAGACGCUGCGACAUCCGUAUAUUAUCAAGGUAUUCUACUUGGAUAAGAUUCCAUCGCGUUUUCCCUAUCCUAUGUUACUAGAAGGACGGUGGGAUCUCAUGGCAUUGGCAUCUUUACUGUCGUCGCCUUCCAUUGAUUAUGAACAACACUUCUACCAUCAAGAUUGUUUCCUGAUCACAUCACAGGUUCUCGAGGUGGAACCAAAAUGCCAAGCAACAGGGCGCGUCUACCUUGUUACGGAGCGCGUGCGACCGUUCGCAGCACGCGAUGCUUCAAAUAAAAGCGCACACGUUUGGGGCGCGUAUCAGAUGUGUGCAGCAGUAGCGUUUCUGCACCAAAGCGGUAGAGCGC